AUGGAUGAUCAAGUAGCACACCUUACAAGUCUGGGAAUAAGCGCGGUUAAUAUAAGCUCGUGCAUGGAAGAAGAUUGCGAUGGUGUCGAAGCUGGUGAAUAUUCUAUCGUUUAUGGCACGCCAGAAGCGUGGAUACUGAACCCUCGAUGGAGAAAUAUGCUUAAUAGUAAAGUUUAUUCGACAAGAUUAUGUGCUCUAGCAGUCGAUGAGGCCCAUGUUAUCAGACAGUGGUGAGUUUAGUUAAAAUUUAUAAUUUUAAACGAUAUAAAGCUAACUAAUUUUAUCGAUUCAUAGUGAAAAUCAGAAAAUGUUCUAAAAUAUGGUAAAUACAAUGUUUGAUUCGGUUUAAUAUAAUAAUUUUAUGUUUGAUUAUGUAAUUUAUAUUUAUAUUAUUUAUAUACGACUCAAAUAUGACAAUGAAUUUGAGUUUCCCUGCCUUGUUGUAUAUACAUUCAAUUUAAAUAUAUUAUAAGUACAGCGUUAAAUUAUUAAACCUUGUGGACCUCAUUAAUUUACUACAUAUGCAGUCGGCAUAAUUUAAUACUACAUUGCAUAUAUAGACUACAUACUAAAUGAAUGUUCCCUAUGCCUAUAAAAUGACAGUUUCCAAACCAUGUGUUAGGUAUUGGGAUAUACAUUCACUUUGGUUUAGUAUUUACUACGAAAUGUUGAAAUGUUUUCAAUAUUUAUAUCAUCAAUUUAUCGUAGUCGAACUAUAUUAAUAAUCUUAAUAAGUAAUGUAUUGAUGCAUGACUAAAAAUAGAAGUGGUUUAAUAUUUUUUUUAUACUUUCCCUUCCCAGGGGGAUAUCACAAGAUAACAAAAAGGCUGCAUUCCGUGAAGCAUACAGCAAGUUAUAUGAACUCAGGUCAUUAGCACCAAAUGUUCCAGUGAUUGCCCUAACAGCUACAGCAACACAUCUGACUAAAGAAUGCAUCUUGAGUAUUCUAUGCAUGAAUGACUGUUCUAAAAUUGAAGAGAGUCCAAAUAAGCUGAAUGUAUCAUAUGCUGUGGAGUGUAUGCACAAGGACACAGAGUUGGAGUUUUAUUUUACUUGGCUAGCUGAUGAGUUAAAGUCUAAAGAAAAGCAAUGUGAAAGGACUAUUAUAUACUGCCAGACAAUCGAGCAAUGUUCUAUUAUAUAUGCCACCCUUAAGGGAAUUUUGGGGAAUUAUAUGUUUGCCAGAGAAGACAAGAGUGUUCUUAUGGAAAUGCUUCACUCCUGCACCCCAGAAGAUAACAAAAAAUGUAUCCUUGAAUCUUUUCAAAAUGUAAACGGAACAAUUCGAAUUUUAGUUGCAACUAUUGCUUUCGGCAUGGGUGUUGACUGUAAGGCAGUUCAUCGUGUCAUACAUUAUGGACCAUCAAAAACCAUCGAAGCAUAUGUACAAGAGACUGGACGUGCUGGAAGAGAUGGGGUGCAGAGCAGGACAUUCAUUUUAUAUCAUGGAAUUCUUCUAAAUCAUGUUGACAUGAACAUAAAAUCAUUUGUCAAAACUAAAGAUUGUAGGAGAAAAACUCUUCUGAAUCAUUUUGAAGCUGAUUGUAAAUUGCCACUUUAUCUGCAUCUUUGUUGUGACAACUGUGCAUCUAUUUGUGAAUGUGGACAAGCAGACUGUGGGCAGUAUACAAAAUACCCAAUCACUGAUUGUUACAAGGAUGUACUGUUUAGUGGGAGGAAACGAGAAGUUAGCAAUGAGCAAAAGAAGUUGAUUGAGAAUGCUCUGAUACAAUACCAGAAGAAACUUCUUAUUGAACUUGCUAACACAACUGCAAAAGCAGAAAUCAAAACUUUAACAAACAUUCGACUCAUGUUAGGGUUUUCUGAACAUCAGAUAACUCAAGUUUUGAAUAGCAUUGAUCAGAUUUUUACCAUGUCUGAUGUUUGUAGUGCUGUCGAAAUUUGGGACAAGAGACAUGCAGAAAAGAUAUUAAACAUUAUCAACAGUGUAUUUGGUGACCUACUGGUACAUGAGCAUUUGCAUGAUUCAAGAGGUGAAUCUGUUUUGGAUAUGUACGAGUUUGAUGACGAACUACUUGAUGAUUGGCAAGAAAUUCUUCAAGAUAAUGACAUGUUUGAUAUGAUUGUAGAAAAUUUGUCACUCUCACAAUUACAGGACUCAUUAAUAGAUGAGCGUGACAUGUCUUCAGACUCUCAAGAUGAAGAAAUCAUUGUAUCUGUGUUAAAGUAA